CACUACAACCCCACACUUCAUACCACAUUCACUAUUGACGACAUGGCGGACGACGAGAAAGAGAAGGCCGAGAAGGUCGCCGCAGCUAAGAAGCGCUACGAGCAAUUGAAGAAGCAGAAGGCUAAGAAAGCUGGCGGUGCAAAGAAGAAGGACAAGAAAGAGGAGACAGAAGCUCCCGAAGAAGCUCCGGCUGAAGCUCCAACCACACCUGCGCCAGCCGAGGAGAAGACCGAAGAUGCCGCACCCGAGCCUACAGAGCCCACAGAGCCUGCAGAACGUACAUCGCCAGCACCCGCAGACGAUGAUGAGCCUACCGAUUUGCCCGUACCCAAGCCAUCACACGGCCGUAAGCCUUCAGUCGCUGUCGAGUCGCGCCAGAGAUCCGAAUCCUUUUACCGUUCAGGCGCUGGACCUACAUCACCUACUGGUCUGACACCUGGGGGCGGCGUCUCGAGCGAGAUCUACCGCGAGCAAGUGCAGAAGAUCGCCGAGCUUGAGUUGGAGAAGAUCAGAUUGAUUGGUGAGGUCGAGGAGUACAAGACAAAAUGGGAGAAAGAUGAGGAAGAGCUCGAAGAGUUUAGAGAAGGCAAGGGCGAGGCUGCGAUUGCGCUUGAGAAGAGCAAGGAGGCUGAUAAGCUGAAGUCAGAAGUCGAGUCACUCACACGCCAACUAUCGCAGCUUCGAACACAGACCGAAAGGUCCACUCGACGCGCUUCAGCUGCAUCUCCCAGCCAAACAGAAUCAAUCGAUGAUUUGAAUGCGCAGAUCGCCUCCAAGUCGGCAACAAUCGAGUCACUAGAGCUAGAAAUUUCGAAGGCCAACACGCAGUUGACGGAGCAAACGAACAAGAACAAUGAGCUUCAAUCGAAGAUAUCCAGUCUCGAGUCGGCUUUGCAGAAGGCGGAACAAGAAGCCAGCUCGACUAAGACAGAGCUUUCAGACUUGAAGGCCAAUCUGGACAAGGCAAGCGAGCAGGCAGCUAAAGAAGGCUCAGACAGAGAUUCUGCGCAGACACGGAUCGCACAGGUCGAAGCUGAGCUUGGUGCUGCUAAUCGAAAGGCAUCAGACUCGAUUUCACGAGCCGAAUUACUUGAAAAGAAGAUCGAGACCCUCACACAACUACACCGAGACAACGACACCCGCAACCAAGCCCGCCUCCAAGAGCACGCCAAAAUUGAGCGCGAAGCUGCCGAGCUACGAACCCGCGUAACAGGCUUGAGCAACGAGAAUGCACGCCUCCGCGAAGCCGAACAGCGUCGCCGAAAAGCAAACCUUGACUCUAUUGAAGACGCGAGCGUGCAAGAGCUCGAAGAUGAAGAGCGCGAUAGGCUGAUGGCCAAGGUCCGCGAACUAGAAGAGGAGAAUUUCGAGCUUCGCCGCGGCGUAUGGCGCGACCGCCGCACAGCCAUGCAGCCCUCAAUUGACGACGCCGACCCCUCACAGCCGUACACCAACUCUGGCUUCGACGACAUCGAUCUCUCCGGCGCCCCACCGACACGCCCUGUUGGGCAAACCCACUCUUCUUUCCAGGACGUCAUCAAGUCUGGUAUUUCUGCGUUCACGGGUCAGUCGCAGCAUCCAGCACAUAGACGCAGCGAUGCCGCGAGUCGAGCGAAGCCGAGGACGGAGAGUUUGGCAAGUCUGCCGAGCUUGGAUGACUUCGAGUUCGAUGAAGAUGCAUUCAAGAAGGCGCAGGAGGAGGAGGCAAAGAAGAGGCUUGAGCGUAUCAGAGAGACCAAGAGGGGGUUGAAUGAUUGGAAGGGCUGGAGAGUGGACGUAGUUGAUAUCAGAGUUGGCAUGGGCGGUGUUUUCGAGAUCUAAGUGCAGUAAGUAUUGACUGCUAAGAUACAGCUACGGAAAUGCAACGAUCAUCAUGUAAAGAUCACCACACGUCGGCUACCUCUGACAGUGUACU